UCAGAGAGAGUUGUUGGAAUGAUCCCUUGAUGGUCCUGUCCCGUACCUUUUUAUGGACUUGUAGUGCAGCUGCCUUGGGCCUCUGCUGGAGGUGGACUUAAGAUGUAGAAUGACUCACAAAAACUGUCCUCUGUGCCUUACAAAUCCAAGUGACACCAGUUGAUCUGCAUCAACACAUUCUCCUGAUCUCUACUGUCUCCAUUAACCAGUGGAGGGUGAUGAGGUUGGUGGGGAGCCUGCAGCUUGUUCUGCUUUUGGCCUUGAUCUCCACAUCCACAGGCCUGAACAUCCCUCUGGAAGUGGAGCAGCCUCCAACCAUAAUAAAACACACACCUGGUCCCAUUAUUGCCCUUCCUUUUGACAUCAACAUUGCUAUCAGUUGUGAAGCCAGAGGCAACCCACCACCACAAUACAGAUGGACAAAAGAUGGAGAAGAAUUUGUCCCUCCCCAUGUAAUGACAAGCAGAACAGACCACCAAGAUGGCACCUUUGUGCUUUACAAAAAGAACCAUGUCCAGUUUCAGGGUAAAUACCGAUGCUACGCUUCCAACAGGCUGGGAACCGCCAUGACGGAGGAGAUAGAACUAAUAGUUCCCAGUGUUCCCAAGUUCCCCAAGGAGAUCAAUUUCCCCAUUGUUGUGAAGGAGGGAGAGCCAAUCAUCCUGGAGUGUAACCCACCAGAAGGCGUGGCCCCACGUCAGAUCUACUGGAUGUCUAUUGGUCUCGAGCACAUUGAGCAGGAUGAGAGGGUUUCUAUGGGCAUUGAUGGCAACCUGUACUUCUCUAAUGCCUUACAGAGUGACAGUCGUGAGGACUACUGUUGCUUUGCCUCCUUCUCCAGAAUACGCACCAUCGUCCAGAAAACCGCCAUGGCUGUCGUGGUCAAGAGAUUGAAACCUGGCAAUGGAUCUGCUGACAGCGGCAAUGCCACUGAAGCCCCCCCAGCGAGGAUACCCAGCCUGCUGCUGCCCUCUGGUGUUCAGUCAGUGAAGGUGCUGUUGAAGGGAGAGGAUCUGCACCUUGAGUGUAUACCAGAGGGAUAUCCCACUCCGAAAAUGAGAUGGAUGAAAAUGGGAGACAAGCUGCCUCCACGGACCAAAUAUACCAACUAUGAAAAGCUGUUUUCCAUACAUGCUGUAAAUGAGAAGGAUGCUGGGAGAUACACAUGCGAAGCCCAAAACUCAGCUGGAAAGGCUGUCCACUACUUUGAUGUAAUAGUGGAAGAGCCGCCAAAGUGGCAGACAGAGCCUCCUCAGAGCCAGCUGACUGUGAUUGGGACUGAUGUUUACAUCAAGUGCUCGGUUAGUGGAACACCACCGCCGGUCAUAACAUGGAGGAGGAAUGGAGAAUUUUUCAGAGAUGAUCCGCAGAGCAACAGGGAGGUGCUUGAUGACAUUGUGGUGCUCCACAACGCCAGAACAGAGGACAGCGGGGUCUACCAGUGUGAAGCCUCCAACAGUCAUGGCACUAUAAUGGCCAACAGUAACAUCAUGGUCAUGAAUAUGGCUCCUCGGAUACUGACAAGGGAACACCAAGAGUAUGCUGUAGUACUAGGAGGGGACAUCGUCAUGAACUGCAGUGUUUUCGGCUCUCCGCCACCCUCCAUCUACUGGGCCAAAGUUGAGACUCCAGAAACCAUUGAUGCAGAACGUAUCUUUCCUCUGAACGGAUCUUUGCAAAUCAUCAGUGCAGAAAAAAACGACAGUGGGGAAUAUGUGUGUGUCGCCUCUAACACGGAGGGCAAGUCAGCUGUCACUGCUGUGCUGGGUGUGAAAGACCCUACAAAAAUAGUACAUCCACCUCAGGAUGUGCAGAUUGUCAGCGGGACCACAGCCCAGCUGGCAUGUCAGGCAGAAUAUGACAAAAGCCUGCAGGGCUCAUUCGACAUGGUAUGGAGGAAGGAUGGUGAGGAGAUCCCACUUGCCCUUGAGGAAAAUUCCAGAUACAUUGUGGAUGAUGAAAUGCUGCAGAUCAUGAAUGUGAACCUGAGUGAUCAGGGAUUAUACACAUGCAUUGCUAGAACCAGCCUGGAUGAGGACAACGCCACUGCACUACUCACCGUGCUGGAUGUUCCAGAUGCUCCAAUUCAUUUAAAAAUAUCUGAACUCAAGAGUCCAAGAAAUGUGCGUCUGUCUUGGGUACCCGGGAGUGAUCACAACAGCUCUGUAACAGAAUUUAUAGUGGAGUACGAGGAGAACCAAUGGGAGCCCGGCAGGUGGAAGGAGCUACAGAAAGUUCCCGGUAACCAGGCAACAGCCGAGCUGGCACUACAUGGACACCUUAACUACCAGUUCAGAGUGUAUGCUGUGAACACUGUUGGACCUGGACCCCCCAGUGAGCCCACUGAGAGAUACAAAACACCCCCUGCUGCUCCUGAGAGGAACCCAGAAAACAUAAAAAUUCAAGGCCAUCUUCCUCAUCAAAUGGACAUUAGCUGGGAGCCACUGCUGCCAAUUGAACACAAUGGCCCAGGCCUUGAAUACAAGGUGAGCUACAGAAAGCUGGAGGUGGAAGAUGUCUGGAGGGAGCAUCUGGUCAAAAGGCACUCUUUUGUCGUGAGGAACACGUCCACUUUUGUCCCCUAUGAGAUAAAAAUUCAGAGCAGGAACAGCCAUGGUUGGGGACCAGAUCCUAAAAUCGCUACGGGGUACUCUGGAGAAGAUGUCGUCUUUUGGCAUUGUCUGCGGGAAAAUGUGUCAGUCCCGACUGCAGCACCACGGGACGUGGCAGUGGAGGUGAUCAACACGACUGUUUUGAGAGUUAGCUGGACCCCGGCUCCACCUGCCACAGUGAGAGGUCAUUUAGGAGGCUACGAUGUUCAGUGGUUGAGGAGACUGAGUUGGAUGAAUCCAAACAAGACUUUAGAUGAGCGCCAGUCCAUGACUUUUCCUGGGAAGAGGAGUCACGUGAUCGUGCCGGGCCUCGAACCUUUUUCAGAGUACAGACUCACUGUCAAUGUUUACAACAAGAAGGGCAAUGGGCCCCACAGUGACCCGGUCACCUUUAGCACUCCAGAGGGAGUUCCUUCACAAGUACCCAUCCUGACUGCCUCCAAUGCCCAGGAAGACUCCAUUUUGCUGGUAUGGGGUCCACCGCUGGAGGCAAACGGCAUCCUCGCUGGUUAUCUCCUGCAGUACCAACUCAUUAAUGAGACCACACUGGAGGUGGUUGACUCUCAGGAGAUUCACAUCACUGGGGCUGACACUACUCAGUGGAAGCUUCAGGGCUUACAGGAGGGCAGCCUCUACCGCUUCGACAUCAAGGCCUGCACUCGAGCAGGUUGCGGACCUCCAUUGGCCCAGGAGAGCCGUCCAAGGGUCCAUGGACGCACAGAACAUUUGUCCCCGACUCCAGCUGUGGCCCCUGUUCAGAGCAUUCCAGCCCUGUUGAACAUAAGCUCGUAUGUGAGUGACACCUUUGCCAAAAUCAGCUGGACUGCCAGAGAAGAGCAGCAGGACUCGGAGCUUUAUGUGGCUUAUAUGAAUAACCGUGAUGGUUACUGGCGGAUUUCAGAGGCCAUAAACGCUUCUCAAAGUUUCCACAUAAUUGAUGGGCUCAAACCUGGGACGGUGUACACUGUACGCCUCAUGGCCAAGAGGCUGCUUGAUAACGCUAGCAUUUUCGAAGAUGUUAUCGAGACCCGAGCCAAAGGUGCUGUGAGUAAGCGGAGUGACUUUUCAACCCAGGGCUGGUUCAUUGGGACCAUGUGUGCUGUGGCACUCCUCACCCUUGUUGCACUCAUGGCCUGCUUUGUGCGGCGAAACAAAGGUGGCAAGUAUGCAGGUACGCCGCCGCCGACCCAGCGACAAGACAUGUUCUCCAUGGAAAAAGUGAAAGAAAAGGAGGACCUCCACCCUGAUGUCGAGUCACAAGAAAUGAAUGAUGACACCUUCUGUGAAUACAGUGACAGCGAAGAGAAGCCACUAAAGGGCAGCAGCCUGUGUUCCCUGAAUGACGCGCUGGGGGACGGCAUCAGCAGAGACAGCCUGGUCGACUACACCGACGGUGGAGGAGAAUUCAAUGAGGACGGUUCAUUUAUCGGAGAAUAUUCCGAUCGCAGGCGCGGAGGCUCUGUUAGCGAGCCCAGCGGACCCAAACCAGUCACUGCAUAAAGCCAGGCUCCAGUUGAAACAGUCUACUUCAAAUCCUUUCAAGAUACUUUUUAAAUUCAGCUUCCUUGGCAUUAAAUAUAGCCUGAAUAGCCAAAUAUAGGGGAAUAAAAAUGACUCAAAUGUGCAGAAGUCUUGGCCAGGAACUGAAACGGAAAGAAAAGAAAACACCAACCACCAUUCAAAUCAGUCUUUGUACAUACUGUAUAAGAGAAUGACCUGUAUCAUUUGAGUUUUUCAAGAUUUUAUUAUUGAUAAUAAAGUGUUUUUGUACCUAUCAGCUACAAUCUUCAGCUUUGUAUAUUGACUGCCUUCUUUCAAAACAGGCAGUUAUAUACAG